AUGGAUCCUAUCAUUGACUACCCAAAGUUCAACUGCUACAGCAGCAGCAAGGACAGCAGAAUCACCUUUGAUAUCACAAUCCGAACAUGCCCCGUCCGUCCACUGGCACACUACCACCCGAGUGAACGGGGCCAAGUGAUCUCAGCCCGGGAGAUUCCAUCUCUCCAGACAUCCCAGCAGGCUGUGCAUACUCCAUCCUGCAGCAUAUGGCCCAAGCAAGCUUCGGCAAUGGUGCUACGCAGGACAACGAGAGCCACUAGGCCGGUGGAUGGGAGACUAUUGCUGCCGGCGAUCUCCCAGGUCAUGGCAUCAUUCUCGAACAAGAAUAACCUGGGGCACUACGUCACAAAACACCAUCCCGAGCAAAAACUAGUCACAUCAAAGGGGGGGCGCUCAUCGAAGACAGCCGAGGAUGCUGGCAUUGCGUUUUAUGAGAUGGUAAUGAAGUCGUUUGAAGAGGCCCGCGCGGCUGCCCCGAAGCCCCUGUUACCUACCAAGAAAGAUGGAACUAUUAAUGGGGCCGAGAUGCGCCGCCAGGUACGAGAUACGGGAUAUGCCAUCCCGUGUGAUGAAUGCAAAGCCAAAAAGCAAGCGAAAAGUAAGUAA